UACGCACUCUAUGCUGUUCAUUGUUGUUGCUUAUCAGCUGUUUGUAUGUUUAUAGCAGUUUAAUAGUUUAUAUCAGUUUACAUUAAUAUUCACAUAAUUUUUAUGGGUUUAGUGUAUGUGAUUUAAUAUUUUUUGAUCGGCUUCGUUUUUUAUAUUAUAAACUAAGGAUGCGUAUUCAUUCAAUAUAUUUGGAAUAAUGGUUUUGUUUUGUGUAUAUGCAAUAUGAUGCCUGAAUACGAAAUAAGAAAUGCGGCUGAGGCGAUUUUACGAUCUUCAAGUUCUCAUCAACAGAUUCAAACUCCUGAUAUCUCUCAUUCACACUCUAUAAAUACCAUCCCCUCUAUAAGAACUGAAUAUGUGAUAUCUGAGGAUUUGUUAGGAGGCCAACGAAUAGAUGGGAAGAUGUCUUCAAUUAGAAGAUUCUUUUGCCUCUUUGUAACUUUUGAUUUAGCAUUUACCACAUUAAUGUGGAUAAUAUGUAUAACACUUAGUGGCAAAGACUUAACAGUUGCUAUUGAGAACCAAAUUAUUCGUUAUAAUAUUCAUUCUUCACUCUUUGAUGUUGUUAUGGUUGCACUGUGUAGAUUUUUGGUUUUGCUACUGUUUUAUGGAUUUUUUUAUAUUAAUCAUUGGGUAAUUAUUUCGGUAUCAACUUUUGCUACUUGUGCUUUCCUGAUAACUAAAGUUUUCUUUUAUACUUGGACUAAUUCAUCGCAGCCUGUUUUUGAAGUUCUGCUUAUUUUAACAUCAUUUGUAAUAUCUUGGGGUGAAACCUGGUUCUUUGAUUUUAGAGUUAUACCACAGGAACUUAAUGCUCAAAGGUUAUUUGUCAGUGGACCAGAGACCGAGAGAACGCCAUUAAUAAGAAAUUACCUUCAGAAUUUGCCAUCUAUGUACACUGAGAGUGUUGGAAACUUUUAUUCGCCAUUGGGUUCACCAGAAGGAUCGCUGCACGGAGUUGAAGGCUUAGGAAGAUAUCCUGUGAUAAAAUUGUCACAGGAAAAAGAAGAAGAGUACAAAUCCAAAGGAGCCGAGUUAUUAAGGGACGUCUGGAAACUUUGUAACUGUACAGAAUGGAAAUUAGAAAAGGAAACCGAUAAUAAAGAUUGCCUUUAUUCCAUGAAUUUUUGUGGAAGAAAAAUUUUCAAGUUAUCGGCGAUAAUCGACAUACCACCUCGCUGUCUAUUAGAAGAACUUUAUUAUAAAGUAGAGAGCAUUCCAAAAUGGAAUCCGUCGUUGCUGGAAUCCCAUAAGGUUCAAUCUUUUGAUGAAUAUACUGAUAUUAGUUAUCAAGUGUCCACGGAUUCUGGCGGAGUGGUUGCAAGUCGCGAUUUCGUCACCUUAAGACAUUGGGGCAUAAUCGAUGAAACUUACGUCAUAGCUUAUGAUAAUACGGAACAUCAGUCUGUUCCCAAGAACGAAAAGUAUAUACGUGGUGAAAAUGGUAUUGGUUGUUGGAUUAUGAAACCAAUUAACGGCGAUCCUAGCAAAUGUCAUUUUUUAUGGGUGCUUAACACCAAUCUUAAGGGUUGGAUACCAAAAGUCAUACUAGACACUGUAUUGCCAAAAGUCAUGCUAGAUUACAUAAAAGACUUGCGGAGGCAUGUUACCAAACUUAACGAAUCGGGAAGAAUUACGUGAUUCCAUACAUGGUCAUAUGAAUAGAUUUAAUAAGACGAAAAUAACCAUUUUAUGUAAUUAUUUGUAUUACUCAAAUUUUUUUACUUUUUUUUAUAUUUUAUAUAGUAAGGAAAAUGUUUACCGAAUCAUUAUUAUAAGGAAGACGCUGCUGUUUCAUAUGCAGUAAUUUGUUUUUUCUUUGAAUUUCACGUAUUUUGAUAUUUUUCUGCUUAAACUGUGAUGUAAACGGAUAAGAUGGAAAUAAAUAUACAAGAAGUUGUUGUAAAUCACAA